AUAGUGCAUGUAUCCAAAUGCAAAUAAUAUUUUUCACCAAAAACAUAUUCAGGGGAAUUCAAUAAAGCAGUAACAUGACUUUUCUGGAGGCAUGGCCCCUUUAACACUGCCUGCAUCUAAUUCAUGAAAGCCUUGCACCACUUUGGUUAUAAUUACCGAUAUCAGAUUCAGUCUGCUUCUACAAAUAUUUGUGCAAGAAUGGGUCGCUCUCAGGAGCUCAGUGAAUUCAAGCGUGGUACCGUGAUAGGUUGCCACCUGUGCAAUAAGUCCAUCCAUAAAAUUUCCUUGCUACUAAAUAUUCCACGGUCAACUGUUAGUGGUAUUAUAACAAAAUGGAAGCAACUGGGAACAACAGCAACUCAACCAUGAAGUGGUAGGCCACGUAAAAUGACAGAGCGGGGUCAGUGUAUGCUGAAGCGCACAAUGCGCAGAAGUCACCAACUGUCUGCA